AUGUUUCCUGCAAAGGGAAAGGUGCCGAUUCCUGGCUUUCAGUUUCGCAAGAUCUCCCUGGAGAUGUUGGAAAGAGAUUCUGCCAAGAGACCGUGCAUGACGUUUGGCCUCGUGGAGAGCGAUGCGACGAAGAGUGCCAUCAUGCGCCAGCACCGGGUUGCCCAACGUACUUGCGCCCAGAUCGUAGAGAUGGAGCCAAGGUGCCGAAGCUGUUGGUCCUCUUUGCACUGGCCUCUACGUUCUGUUCCGAAAAGUCGGAUACGAGCUGAUCAUGUCCCAUGCAAAGGGAAAGGUGCCGAUUCCUGGCUUUCAGUUUCGCAAGAUCUCCCUGGAGAUGUUGAUUCUGCCAAGAGACCUAGAACGUUUGGCUUCGGUGGCCUCGUGGAGAGCGAUGCGACGAAGAGUGCCAUCACCGGAUGCCUUGGGAAGUUUCUGCACAGACUGCAAGUGCCUGCACUGUUGGAACCGCCGAAACAGAGAGGGAACGACGAGCCGUUUGCAAUUCCGGACCCGUAG